CGAGGCAGUGCUGCAGCCAAGAAACUCUGCCAGGCAGUUUGCAGGGACUGCCUUUAUUCUGCAGCCACUACAAUUCGCUUUGAGGAACAGAAGAGGGAGUUGGGCCUAACGAUGGAGAAUUAAAUACAACUGUCAUGUUCUUGAUGUGAAACUGGAUACUUCUUUCUUUUGCAGCUCAGCAAGGUUUUAUUCCCACCCUUCCUUUCUCAUCUCUCUUCUCACACCAGAAGUAAUGCUGCAAACAGUCUGCACGAGCCCUGAACUACUGGUCAACCAAAACAUCACUGAAAAUGAGAACUGUGGCUACAGUCCAGGCCAGGGAUCUCCGCAGCCUGGGGAAACUGCCAGCCCCAAAAGGCAUUUUCAACAAAGCCCAUCACUGCCAGACUCUGGAUUAACUGAACUCAAUGUCGCAAGCCCUGAGAUCUACCCAGCUCCUCCACAUAAACCUCCAGCGAUGUCUGCUCCCACUGACUCGGCCCUGAGCUCGGAUCCCCCUCCUCGGAGGCGUUACAUGGGUGUGAGGGUGAAGAUGCCGGUGCGGGAGCUGCUGAGGAAGGUCCGGCUUUCCAGGGGGCUGCAGCCAGCUGCCAGCCAGGAAGCCUCAUUAGUGAAGACGGCAAGCAAAGGAUCCUCAGGAAAAACAGAAAAGAGAAGAGUUCACCCUUAUACAGAGAAGCAGCUUAGACAGAGCAAGCAGAGCAUCGGGCAAACGCUAAAAGGCUUAGAGGACCUGGAUAUCCUGGUGGAGGUGCUGCAGGAAGACCUGAACAAAAGCCAGCUGAAGAAGGAAUCUCUGCGUGCUGCACCCGAUGGCUUUUGGCAGGGCUUCCCUGCAGAGCUGCAGGCCCCUUGGUGGGGAGCUGGAGGAAGCAAGCAGGCAGCUGCCAGCGUGCAGGAAAGGUGCCAAAGCUUCACCAAGCUGCGUUCUCAUUGUUGCUUUACAGACUGCAGCUCGGCAUUGCAGGAGGAGGUAGAGAGCUCCUUUUGUGAUGGUCAGAAAGACGUGCACGAGCCUGAUUCACCAGGAACGUUCUCAAGGACAAGGGAGAAAGAGAGCAGCUGGUGGAUGCAGGGCGUGGGUAGCAGCACCCAGAAGGACUGCUGGGCACAGCCUGCACAGAGCACAUCUCCCUGCUUCGAUCCACCAGGCGCCCAUCCAGAGCCAUUUGUGGAGGCUGACAGCGACUCUCUGGGUUCCAGGGGAUGCUCGAGGCAGACCUCGAUUGCUUUCACACAGCAGGAUCUCUCCGCCAUCUCUUUCUUCCAGUUCCAGCUACACAGGGAGGAAAGCUUGCUGAGGAAUAUUCCGGCAGACAAACUGCUUGCACCUGAUGAAAAUGGCAACAGGCUGCUGCACAAGGCUGUUGCUCAGGGAAGAAGAGCUCUGACUUACGCGCUGGCACGGAGAUUUGCAUCCCUAAAUAAAAUUGACGAGAAGGAUGCAGAGAAACGGACAGCACUACAUCUCGCUGCAGAAAAGAACCAGCACCUGAUGGUCAGUGACCUUAUAUCCCUGGGGGCAAACGUCAACGAGCAGGACGGGCGGGGGAAAACCCCACUCCACCUGUGUGCAGAGAACGGGUACCUGCGGGUCUUGGAGGUUUUGAAAAACUGCAAAGACAGCGGUGUGUGUGUGGCAGUGAACCUGACGGACCAUUGCGGUUUAACACCACUGCACUGUGCUGCUCUUGCUCACACCAUCUUAGCCAUGGAAUCUCAAAAAACCGACAGUGGCAGUGACAUGGGGAGGUUCCUCAAACUACGCAAGGACCAAAUUCUCGAGGGAAUUAGCUGCUUGUUGCACAUGGGAGGAAAACCGGAGCUGCAGGUACUACAUUCGUGUCAAACUACUGCUCCCUAUUUAAAAAUUGAGGAGAACACCGAGCUGAUGUGUUUGCUCCAGACUCAUAAGCCCAAGGAACGGGACAUUCUUCAAGAGAGUAAUGGUUUGCUGGAAGCUCCAGGGGUGCCAUGUCCCUCACCACCAGAUCACUUCUCUGAACUUCUGUCCGUUUCACCUUUGGACUUCGUUGACAUCAUUCUUAAAGGGAAAUGCUGAUACGGCUCGUUAUCUGCAUCUCGUGGUACGUGUGCUGCAGCUGUUGCUGAAGAAUAGGCCAAGAACAGACAGUAAAAGUCUUCAAAAGUAUUAUAGCUUGAACUGACUGUUGAAAAUAUCUCCUCAGUACCCAGCAUUAAAGAGUAAACUGUUCAGGGCAAAUCCUCAGACACUCAGUGUUAGAUGCUCCAGUCAAUGAAUUGGUCUUCAUUUUCUCAUGAAGCUGAGCACUAGCACUGCUUUUUGGAGGUCCUUUGGAACUGUAGAUGUUCUACUUUCCCAAUGUCUGACUUUUUUUUAUGCAGCUACCAUUGGUUAAGAGGAAAACCUUAUAUUUUAGCCCUUAGGGGCCUAGUCCUGAUGGUACCAAUGUAAGGUCAGUCUCUGCAGUCUGAAUUCAAUGGCACUGGAAGAAGACAGCAAACAACAAAAUCCCCCCCCCUCCAAAAAAGGAAAGACCAAAAACCAAAGCACAACACACAGCUAUGCUGUUACUGAGCAGAUUUUUUCAACAAAAGUCGAGCCGAUUAUCUAUGCAAUCAGAAUUUGCCACCAGUAAUGGACUUUAGGUGAAGUCUGGGAUGUAAAACAUUUAUUUGUGGUGAUCUAACAGAGGAAUGCAACUUUAUAAAAUGUAGGUCUGUAAGAACACUUCACAACAAGAAGUUGUUGGACCGAGCAGCUUUGCCUAAAAAAUUUUCAACUGCCAGAUAUGGAAGUAUUCAAUGGGAUUCCUAGAAAUUAGGUAAUUAGUAUAAAGAAAAUUCUCUUCCCAGAUGUAAUAUCAUUUAAUUUUAACUUCUGAUUGUGAAUUAGCUGGUUUCUAUGAAACUUCCCUGUUUGCUACGUAUGGAGCAAUCUACAUUUACUUAGCUACAAAAUGAUUGAUCCAGCAAUCAACUCACAGAUGUACCUCCCAUUAAAGUAAAUCGGGAGAUUUUUCACGUGUAACAUUGCAGGAUCCAGCACUGAGUACUCAGCACGCUUGGGGAACUGAUCUUUUAAUGAUCUCUUUGAAUUUUCUUGUCAAAAGAUUUCUUUUAUUUCUUCUUGGGUAUCCUUAAGUGUUAAGCUCCAAGAGCUACGUUGCACAACAUGAAGCAAGUUUUACUGAAAAGUGACAGUGUUUAAGUUAACUGCAGUGGGAUUUUGGUCCUCCUAUCUUGUGUUUCUCAUGUUCUGAACUGCUGAUCAGGGUUGCAUUCAUCUAUGUUCAGAUUCUUGGGUCUGAAUGAGACCUACAUCAGGAUUCUUAUGUGUAUCUUACAGUUUUGCGUUGCUAUUCACAUAAUGGGUUGUAAAGCACUGAACAUCCCCCUCCUCCCAUAGAUGUUCUGCAUGCUUUAAUCCUUUCUCCUUUUGGGUUUCACAUGGAAAUGCAAAGAUUUUCCUCUUGUGCUUUGAGGUGAAGAUCCCCUCUAUUACCCCUCUGUUACCACUCAUUCCUCCUUCAUGUUGGCAUUUUAACUCACAUCUGAGCUCACAGCCCUUCCUCAUGUGACGGGAAUUAAUGAGGAUCUUCUAAGUGGUUCGGCUUUCAUUGGUGGAUUUAAGGAUCAGAUCCAACACUCAGUGAAAUUGAAGACCCUUUAUGUAAAGUAAAAACUAAGAGAUGCUUCAUCACAAACAAAAUGAAGAAUGAAAUGAAACAGUGAACAUAGAAGAGCAUCAAUAAGCAUUUUAAGUGAAAAAAUAAUGAUUAUUUUUAUGGGAUAUCUUUAAGAAGUGUAGAAAUCUACUCUAUAAGAAUUCAACUUUAAUCAAGGAGGACAGGAGCCUUAACCUAUCAUUUAUUCAACAUAUGCUGAACUGAACUAGCCUAUGAAAUAUAUUCUAUGAGUUAUAUUUUAAUUGCAUUACCAUUAGUAGGUGUGCUUUACGUUGCUUCAUUGUUCCUUCCUGUCAAUAAA